CCAUGUGUUACGUCAGCGCUGUGCGCCACAGGCUGGUCUCUUCGAGUCUGUCUGAACCGCGUCCUCCAAGCGCUUACCAAAUCAGGGUUGGGGAAAAUGUCCACAAGUGAUUUUUACUUGCGGUAUUAUGUUGGCCACAAAGGCAAAUUUGGACACGAGUUCCUGGAGUUUGAAUUUCGUCCAGACGGAAAGCUGAGAUAUGCAAACAACAGCAACUACAAAAAUGAUGUUAUGAUCCGAAAAGAGGCCUACGUGCACAAGAGUGUAAUGGAAGAACUGAAGCGAAUCAUCGACGACAGCGAGAUCACCAAGGAGGAUGAUGCCCUCUGGCCGCCCCCUGACAGAGUGGGGAGACAGGAACUGGAGAUUGUCAUAGGAGAUGAACAUAUUUCAUUCACCACCUCCAAGAUCGGGUCUUUGAUUGAUGUUAACCAGUCCAAGGACCCAGAAGGCCUCCGUGUUUUCUACUACCUGGUUCAAGAUCUCAAAUGUCUGGUCUUCAGCCUCAUUGGAUUACACUUCAAAAUCAAGCCAAUCUGAGCUUGUUUGUGGUGGAUAUUUUUGUAUUAAUGUGUUCUGCUUUUGUACAUUGCUUUUAAUUUUUUUGCCUUUUAAUAAACUCUUGAAGAUGU